CCUGUAAAUCACUUCAAAGUGUGACACUAGCCAUUCCUCAUGAGCCAUUUGACAGGAAGUCACCUGUCACAGUAAGUCCAGCUUCUGUAGAUUGUAGAGCAUGGUGAACAACAAGUGAACCACUCUCCAAGUAGUUUACAGGCUUUGAUCUGACUGAGGUUAGUUGAAGGAGUAAGAUGGUGAUUCGGAAAAUGUAUGUCCGGCAUCACAGCUGAAAUCAAUACAGGUAUGUGUGGAACUUGAGGCACUUGGGACAGCAAUGGCCAGCCUGCUCACACAACGGAGAAAAGUUGUAAGACAUGGCGUCAAAAUCAUGUAAGUGUGAGUUUUUGAGAUGGAAAAGCAUAAUCACUUCCUUUAAAUGUCUUGUACAACUCCUGAAAACAUUUUUCCUGAAGCAGCUGAGAAUGUAACACAAUGGAGAAAUUAGUCAUCACCCGGAAACUUGUUGGCUUGGUGAAAACUAUGGGCCAUCUUACAUGUUGUACACUGCAUGGUUGCUUUAGAAUGACUGCAUCUCAACUAAUUCUAUUGUGUAAAUCUAAUUCAAGUGUCAAUAUUGACUAAAAAUGUCUAUCAAGGACUGUGUGAUGUAUGUGCCUAUGUUUUACGUACAUCCAUGGCAGGAGCUGCAGAGAGAAAAAGGAUCCUCAUGCAAGGUGUUGUUGUUGUUUUGCCAACCAAGGACCCAAUGACUUUGUGUUGACAUGAUCCAGCGGGUAGGUUUUUUCACCGUUUCUUUGUCUUCAAAAUGGAAUGUUUACCCAGUAGCCGCCACCAGGAAGUCAACCAUAACAGGAACGAUCCCGUUCCGACAACACCCUAAAAAUGAGGGAGCACAGCAUUUUUCGUAGAUACGUAUAAUCUCUUUAAGUAUCGCACUGACAAAGAGUAGACAUGCACCAAAAAGCUUUCCAGCAAUCUCCCAGUUCCACUUCAGUGAGUAAAGGAGAAAGAGGAUCAUCAAGAAAAAUGUUUUUUGUCGCCAGGGCCACAAAUACAGCAUCGGGCGUAGGAAAUGAAAGGAGGUCAAUCUAUCGGAAAUUCCGUGAGGUUGAUAUACUGGACAAGAAAAAGACCGUGACGGCUCUGAAGCCUGGUGAAGAUAGAGCUAUUCUCCUGGGUCUAGGAAUGAUCUUCUCCUCCGUCAUGAUGUACUUUGUUCUUGGGAUCACUAUAUUACGCUCGUAUGCUGAAAGUGCGUGGACAGAGGAAGGUGUGUGCGUUGUUCUUAACUCCACGGUCACAGCAGACAUGAACUGUUCCUACAACUGUGGCUCAGACUGCUGGCGAGUCUCCAAAUACCCCUGUCUGCAGGUCUACGUGAACGUCAACAACACAGGCCGCAUCAGUCGAUUAUCUCACAAUGAAGAGACACAGGAUGCCAGCUCGGAAUGUUUCUAUGUGCCCAGUUGCCAGAAGGACAGCGCUCAAAUGCACACCAUGAUCAUGAACAUCUCCGAACGUCUGAAGGCUAAACAGCAGGUUCCAUGUUACUUUGACCCCAGCGAGCAGCAGGACACGGUUCUCCUGACUCGGCUCUACGACCACAUUGUUGUCUUCCACUCGCUGCUGUGGCCCUCGUGCAUGUUCAUCGGAGGCGUCCUCAUAAUUGUGAUGGUCAAGCUCACACAGUACCUGUCCAGAUUGUGCGAACAGAUCGUGAAGAUCAGAAUGUGAAGCCAUUGUUACAAGGCACCUGACAUAAUGAGCAAAAGCAAAGUUUUAAACAAAUAAGGAUUCUGGCAAGUGAUGCCUUUGACCAAGGCAUUUUGAGGCAGCUGACUCUCUCAAGAUUGAGGAACGGACUGAAUGAACGUUCCUGAAGACGAAUCGCGGCUAUUUCUCGAAAACUGACUGAAAAGUGGGGGGUUGG